CCCAGCACUCUGAACGCCCCUGUACCGCCCUUGUCUCUUCCAAGCGGUCAUGAUCUUUUUAGGGAGGCUUCAGCGAUCAAGAUAGCUAGCCGAGCCGAGAUCCAAGAAUGUGGAAGUCUAUUUUAGGAGGAGACGAAGAGCAGCAGCAGCUGGAAGACAACUUGUUGGAUGAACCUGAAGGCCUAUUUUCACUUUCCCCCACGCAGAGGGUCUACGCAUUUGCUGCCUGUUUACUAGCUGGCUUGGUUUGUAUGUUCCUGUCUAUGAUUGUUUUUGUCAAGCCCAUCAAAUUCGCUUUGCUAUUUACAUUUGGCAACAUGUUAGCUGUUGGAAGCACAGCCUUCCUCAUUGGACCUGGGCAGCAAAUAAGGAUGAUGCUUGAUCCUGUACGCAUUUAUGCUACAGCCAUUUAUGUUGGGUGUGUUGUUGUAGCUCUAAUCUGUGCUCUUCUGAUCCACAGUAAGAUUUUAACGAUAAUAGCAAUCAUAUGUGAGAUUUGUGCCCUUGUCUGGUAUAGUUUAAGCUAUAUUCCUUUUGCUCGAAGGAUGGUUUCCUCGGUGACGAUCCGUCUAUUUGACACUGAAAUCUAAACAGUUCAACAUACAAAUGUGUGUUUGUGCAGCCAUUGGCCAACGAAAUUCUCUACAGAGUUGAUUUACUCCAAUUCUUUCUAAUGAGAGUCGAUUCUUUUUUUGGAUUGCUGUGAAAAAGUGUUACCAACUUGGCUUUGAUUUUUGGGCUGUUAAACUUUAUGACGACUGAAAUGCUACAAUCUACAUGCGAUUCAGUCUCAUCAAAGGGCAGUUACUCUAUAUAUAUAUUUUUUGUCUACACAGAGGUAUCUGGGUCCAUGGAUUAGUUACCGUAUGACCCAACUAAUCCUCUGCAGGUCGGGAGAGGCUGCCCAACAUCACCAACCGUAGCACUCAGGAUUCGAACCUUUGCGGUGGUACUCACCUAACUAGGCUACUACCACCAGCUCUAGCCCUGGGGGGGCAUCAAAGGGCAGUUAUUAUUGAUUCAACUGUCCUUUUGUGUUGCUGUUCACUCUGGUUUUAAUUUCGCUGAAAUGUCCUUUUGUGUUGCUGUUCACUCUGGUUUUAAUUUCGCUGAAAUACCAUUUAAGUAGUUGUCUUCCUAUAUCAAAUAAUUAUAUCAUUGUCUUUCAAAAUGCC